GUAGCGAGUCAUUCGUGGUGGGUGCCCGCAAUGAGCGGUGGUGUGUCGUGAUUCAGGACCAAACGUCUGUUAUUAUUGAUAAACAUAUGUAAAUAUAACAUCUGAUAAAGUUUUUAGUGUCACUGCGACACAUGUGUUUGAUGUAGUGGAUAAAAAUACUCGUACCGACAUUUUUAGUGCCGAAUCCAGUUUUGUGAACGAAAAAAGAACUGCGAAAUUAAAGAAAAAGGAAUUACAGUUUUAAGUACAAGACGGUAUAAAAAUACGAAAACAUAACGAAAAUAAUCGAGCACCGUACAACGUGAAACAAGAAAAUUGAGUACAUAUUGAAGAAGUAACCAAUAAAAUAUCCAAAAUGGAUAUCACCACAGCUCGGGCAGUAUCCAUGCUCGCACUAGGCUUAGGAGCAUUCUUCUCCGGAAUGCUGCCAGCAUGUUUUUCAGAAGCUGCCAGACAAAGGCACCCACUGCUCCUAUCCUGUCUUCUCUGUUUUGGAGGGGGAGUGCUUCUUUCCACUUCUUUAGUCCACAUGUUACCAGAAACCAGGGAGAAACUCCCACAAUACUCAGAAUUGACGUUAUGUAUUGGGUUCUUCACGGUCUACUUAGUGGAUGAGCUGUCUCAUUUAUUCUAUAGCAGUAAUAGCCAUGAGAGGCAUUCCCAUGUGGGGGAACAGACCAGGUUGUUGCCAAGAGACCAUGAUGGUGAGAUGAGGGAUAGAGAAGCUUCAGAACUGUGUCAUGUGAGCCAUACGGAGCCAUGUAAUAGAAGUUCUUCGAGUGUUGUUGGGCUGUUGUCGGCAUUGUUCGUACAUAGUGUGCUGGAAGGAUUGGCGAUUGGAUUGCAGGAGAGUGCAACUCAGGUUCUCCUCCUACUCGCAGCAGUGGCAUCCCACAAGUUCGUGGUUGGCUUCUGCCUCGGAGCCGAACUAUGCGAGAACUUCCCGAACCGAGCCUGCGCGCACAUAAUGUGCAUCGUGCUGUUCAGUGCAGGGUCCGUCGCUGGCAUCGGCAUCGGCGCAGGCUUGGAAACUGUUGCCACGAUGAAGGAGUCCAUUGCUGUACCGGUUAUGCAGGGCCUGGCAGCCGGCACGCUGCUAUACGUGACUGUUAGUGAAGUACUUCCCCGAGAGAGGGCGCGUUGGCACGAACGCAAGAGGAAUGCAGGAUUGUUACAAUUCCUUUCUGUUGGAAUUGGAUUUUCUUUGAUGUAUUUGACGACUGUAUAUUUAGAUCAUGAUGCUGCCUAAAAAAUGAUCUUUAUUGAAAAGAAGACAAGUUACACGUAUUAUACUGUAAGAGCUUACUAAAACGUAGCUUAGGUAAAAAGAUGUGACUUUUGCAUUUUUAUACGAAUGUUAUGUGAUUAUUACAAUUAAUUUGUAGAUAAGUUUGUCCUCAAAGGACUUCUAGGAUAUAGGUGACAAUAAAAGAAUUUCUGCUA